AACGAGAACGUACCUUCUGUUUCGUAUGCGCCGUUAAUUUAAAGAACGUACUCAGUUUGUUUGCGUUUUUUGCUUUUAUUCUUAUCAAUCCAGCGAGUUAAUUUUAAAGACAGACAGAUAAAUAGAUAAAUAGAUAGAUAGAUAGAUAGAUAGAUAGAUAGAUAAAUGGAUAGGGAUAGAGCGAGAUAAAACAACGGCAACGUCGUAAAAAAUCAGUGAGUGCAUUUUAUAUUAAUUUAAAUAAACGAUGAGAACGUUAAAAUUAAUCAUUUCAAUUUAAAACAAGCACAAACAAAAUUCGAUCAUCUAUAAAAGCUUUCUAUUUUAGUGCGUAAAAAAAAAAAAAAAAUAACCUAUAUAAUAAUCCUUAAAAUCGUUAAUUAGUAAUAGCGCGAGUACUUCGAUUGAUUGAUUAAACAUACGAAAAGUCAGUUGAGAAUACCGUUAGAGGAAUCUAGUGAAGGGUAAAUAUCAAGACGGAAAAGAGAACCGGAUUGUAAAAGUUAAUUAGAUUCGAAUAAAUUGAUGUUGGAUGAAAAUAUAUCUAUGGUGAUGGAACAGGAUAGAUUGGUAAGGUAAUGAUCGGGUAAAAGGAUAAGGUGUAGGAUAACUCGAUAUAAAGAAAAAAAAGAAAAAGAAAAAGAAAAAGAAAAAACUCGAACACACGUGGUAUUCGUUUGUCGACCGACUAACUUUUUCACGCGUGGGUGCACGCACGCGUACGAACGUGACCGAACGCGUACGAACACGCACGAUCGCUUACGACUGCGUACGAUAGCGACACGCGCGCGUAGAAAGGAGAAAAAGAAAGGAAAAGAGAGCGAGGUAGAGAAAGAGAGAAAGAGAGUGAGAAAGAGAGAGAGGAUUAUUUUCGCUUUUGCCGGCACACGUAUCUAAAGAGUCACGCACUUACGUAUUCGCGUGUGUUACAAGCGAACAACAUUUCUUCGUCGCUGCGUUGGCUUUUCUUGAACGACAUAUGUAACUGUAUAGAUCUAUGUUAGUUGAGUGUAUGCAGGCCGAUGACGACGAAUCUCGACGCGUGAUACCGCGAAAUCGUUGUAACGUGACUUUCGAAAAAAGCGAGUCAAAAGAAAAAAAAAAAAGAAAAAGAAAAAAGAAAAGGACGAAAAAAAUAAAAAAGGAAAAAUAAAAUGAAAAUAGCAUAUCGAAGGAAAACAAUGACGAAAGGCGUUAUAAUAGUGCGACAAUUUUACCUACGAAAUAUUAUUAAGCUAAAUGAAAUUACUACGUUAAUCGUGAAUAUGAUAAUGGCGCCAUUUUUUUUUCGCGAAAAGUUUUUCUACUUAACGUACGUACCGACGGAACGAAGUCAAUAGUGCGUGGAGAAUUUGAAAGAGGUGGAAACGGUGAAGAAGAGAGGAGAAAAGUGAGGAAAGAAAGACGAACGGAAGUAGCGGUUCCUUUCGCGGUUCUGACUGAGAGUGAGAGAUACCUACAUAAGAGUAGAAUGCCGGCCGGUCUUAUAGUUCGUUUGCUGGUUACAUCGUUAUAGUGUACUUAUCGUUUUUUCUUCAUUUUUUUUUUUUACACACACAUUAUAUAUAUAUAUAUAUUUUGACUUCAUUUUUGACUACGUCUAAUAAUUUUAAAACAUAUGACAAAUUUUCAAAGAUGAUUUUUCUUUCCAUGUUAUUUUUUAUUUUGAUCAACGUAUUUAAAUGGAAACUCUUCAAAUCGUCAUUUACUUUUCUCCAAUUAUAACUGUGACAAUCGAAAUUCAAAUGAUGAAAUAUCAUAGCUAUAAAGGAUGAUGUUAGAUGAGAAUAGAAAAAUCGAUAGAAUUAAUUUCAAACGAUCGUUCGCGACGACGUAUGUUAUUAUUGUUUCUAUUAAAAAUAAUCUUGUAAAGGUGUUCGGUUAAAUUUGUGAUCGAAAAAAAAAAGAGGACAAAAGAAUAAAAACAAAGGAAAAAAAAAAUGAAGAACGAGGAGAGUGUCGAACGAGAUGGACGAUGGACGUUUUUUCAUAAUUGGUUUAGUUGAUUUUCAAGAUAACCGACGAAGAGGAGCAUAGAAGAUGAAUAGAUUUUAAAUAGAUAGAUUAUAAUAAUAAGAUAUUUUAUUUCGAUUAACGAUGAUGGACAUGGCAAGAAAAAAUUAUAUAAAUAAAGGAUCAAUUUAAAGAAUUAAUUUAAUUCUGACUGAAUAUUUAUGUACAUAUUCAAAUAAUAGUAUAAAAAAGUGAAUUGAGUAACAUCGAUCAAGAGAGAUAAAUAGAUAAAUAGAUAGAGAGAGAGAGAAAGAGAGAAGGAUGGAGGAUUGAGAGGAUCACGAAAUGCCGACGAUCGAGAGGCUCGCAACGAGGAGAAAUGCCAAUGAAGAACCGGAGGAACAUUCAACGACUGAUACCAAUACUGGACAACCAAACGAAUUGAAUGCAUCCGAAUUGUUGAGACCCUGUGCAGAUGGUCAUGAAAAUAUUGGUGAAUCCUGUCUCGAGGAGACUGGAAGAAAUGAUUCUUCGAGAGAGAAACGUAGCCUUCUUGGUAAUUUUCAAAGAAGAGCCUUCAACAGGAUCAGCUUCAGAGGAGAGUCCGGACCUCUUUUGACCAGAUACCGUCAAACCAGAUUCAGUUCUAGGAGAGUACGUAAGAGAGUAGUGUUCAAGCAUGGAGAUUGCAACGUCGUUCAAGGAAACGUUGCUAAACGUCGUCGUCGUUAUUUGCAGGAUAUUUUCACCACUUUAGUCGACGCUCAAUGGCGUUGGACGCUUCUCGUCUUUUCGAUGAACUUUUUACUUUCUUGGCUCGGUUUUGCUCUGAUUUGGUGGUUGAUCGCAUACAGCCACGGAGACCUUGAUCCACGUAAUUACAACUCGCCGAAUUUUACAUUUACUCCUUGCGUCCAAGAUAUACAUAGUUUCACCAGCUGUUUCCUCUUUUCCGUCGAGACACAGCACACGAUCGGGUAUGGCUCCAAGCACACGACGGACGAGUGUCCAGAGGCGAUAUUCGUCAUGUGUAUACAAUCGAUGACAGGAGUGAUCCUGCAAGCCUUUAUGGUCGGCAUAGUAUUCGCAAAGUUGUCUCGACCGAAAAAAAGAACGCAGACCCUUCUUUUCUCGAGGAACGCAGUAAUAUGUCAAAGAGACGGGCAAUCGUGUUUGAUGUUUCGCGUCGGAGAUAUGAGAAAGAGUCAUAUCAUCGAGGCUCAUGUCAGAGCACAAAUGAUCAAAAGAAAGGUAACGAGAGAGGGCGAGCUCUUACCGUUCUUUCAAACGGAAUUAAAAGUUGGCGGUGACGGGGAGGAGGACAAGAUAUUUUUUAUAUGGCCGACAACGAUAGUUCAUAAGAUCGAUGAACAUUCGCCACUUUAUCAUAUAUCCGCCAGCGAUAUGCUAAGGGAACGUUUUGAGAUUGUCGUUAUUUUGGAAGGUGUGAUCGAAUCGACCGGUAUGACGACACAAGCGAGAAGCUCUUAUCUACCAUCGGAAAUUCUUUGGGGACAUCGUUUCGAACACAUUAUCACGUUCCGUAAGGAAACCGGCGAAUACGAGGUCAAUUACAGUCUCUUUAAUAAUACUUACGAGGUCGAUACUCCUCUCUGUUCUGCAGCCGAUCUUGAUCAAAUCAGAGCAAUGCAUCGAGCUAAAGGAGAACGCGUGAGUUCAGGUGCAUUUCCAUAUCACGACGUCUCGAGCAGUUCUCUGACUACAAGUUCCGGUUCGAGUUUGGCCUCUUCUCUCGGUGGUCUUCACAUGCAUGCACCUCCGUUGACUCCACCGACUCCGAUUCCGGUUAUGAUCACCGGUCCUGACGGCACCUUGAGACGAGAAAGCGUAAACAGUAUUCAAGUUGAACCAAGACAACCAAUAUUUUAUACUCCCGACGAGUCGAUCGAUAACGAGUUUGCUUGCGGUGCUACUCCCAUAAGUCCGGAGGAAUCGAAAGUGCAAGAGGAAUAUAAUCGUGCCUUGGAGGACAUCAAUGCGACGCUUAGAAAAAAUAGAAAACAACAUAAUUGCAAGGAUGAGAAGAAGAUUCAUCGGGAAGGCUCAAAGAGUACUCUUGAUUCGAAGAAAAGCGACUCGAGGAUUAAUAUUGAAGGAAUGAAAAGAUCAACCUCACGUCCGACCAUCGAUCAAUGUCAAGCUCGCAAUAAAAAGUCAUCCUCGAAGUCGACUUUGGAUCCCGGACAUAACAAAUUUAGGGGCUCGCAUGAAUCUCUUCGUGAUGCCAUGCCGAGGAGAUCGAGUUUGGGCGACAGUCACAAGGCUAAAGACAUGCAAAAGAAGACGUGCUUUGUAUUGGGAAACGAAGAGGAAACGAGAAGCGUCGAGAUAACUAUACCGACGAUAUCAACGUCGUUGGGAGUUCCUCAACGAUUAGAAAUCGUCGUUGACUCAGCGGAAUCAAAUCAUCGCUUGGAACGAAUGAAUGCUUGCGAAGACGUCUAAUUUACAGAGUCGAAGGACGAUAGGAUAAUCCAGC